AAGAGCUUCGGUUCGGAGUUUGGGCUUGUUCAGUGUUCAAGUUGCCAAGCUUAACUGGAGCUUCACCGCCACUCUAACUCAAACCGGUGGAAGCCAUGGCGGAUCCCUACCAUAGAUACGGCGCUCCACCCGAACGAGGCAGUGUAGCAAAGUCCAAUUUUCCUGGUUACUUAUCAUCCGAAGGACCAUCGUUGCUGUCGAAUCACAGUUUUACCCCUACCGAUUUGAGGAAUUAUUCUUCGGAUUUUCUACAUAGAGAUAAGCCCUUGGGCUUAGGGCCGUAUGGGAUAGGUGAUAGUGUGGGAGGUAGAGUUCGGUCUGAUACUGGUGUUGGUGUAACAACAGGCACUAGUUUAUAUGAUCCUUUGGAAAAUAGUCAUCGGCUUCAAAGACAGAAUGUUGGAAUAAGAUCAGUGGCGCCGGGGGUUUAUGGUGUAGAUGCUGUGAGUGUUAGUGUUCGUGCUGGACCUGGUCUUGCUGUAACUGCAGGGGCGGGUUUUUCAUCUUCUUUACGAGCUCAGCCUUUACUAAGUCAAAGACACGAGGUUGGAGCAGGCAUUGGUUCGAGUAUUUCAACUGACAUUAGUAGAGAAAGGUCUGCGCCUUUGAGGAGUGGGGAUGGUCUCCCAGUUCUAAAAGGGGAAUCAAACAUUUUGUUUGUAGAUGGACUUCCCACUGACUGUACCAGAAGAGAAGUAGGCCAUCUUUUUCGUCCAUUCAUUGUCUUUCAAGAAAUCAAAGUAGUUCACAAGGAGCCUAGACGUAGUGGAGAUAAGGCUAUGGUUUUGUGCUUCGUGGGGUUUAAGGAUCCAAAAUGUGCUUUGAUUGCUAUGGAAGUUCUACAUGGUUACAAGUUUGAUGACAAAAAGCCUGAUUCCCUUCCAUUGAGGAUUCAAUUUGCACAUUUCCCUUUCCGCUUACCAUCUGAUUCUGAUCAGAAAUGAAGUGGAAGCCGACACUGAUGAAUGAAUUGCUAUUUGCUGGUAUGAAUUCCCUUGUCUUUGUCCAAAGAUGCGCAGAUCUUUUCAAUACUGAGUCAGUCAUUUGUGUAGAUCAACGAUUAGAAGCUUAGAGUGAUAUAUGUAGGUUGUGGCAUGAUAGAUGAGCAGCUCGAUACAAAGGAGGGUCCCUGAAUUUGGACUCAACCCACUGACAUAGAACCAUUUCGUGGUUUCACUAUAAGAAGAUCA